AUGGCUGCCUCGGCCGCGCCUUUGAUUCAGGUUCAUGCGACUGACGGGGGCUUGGCUUCAUGUUUGGGCAUCGCCCGUGUCAAGGCAGAGCUGGCCACCUUCAUGAAGGACACGCUGAAGAUGGAGUCGCUUCAGGAUUUCUUUUUCUAUGUCGCCAAGGAUGCCUGGGAAGCCGAGCUGGAUACUAAGGUGGUGACCCCAGCCGUCACUGCUACAGUCAUCACAGAAGGAAUGAAGGCUAUCCAGCUGGCUCGUGUUCGCAUGGCGUGGCAAUCCGCGGCAAAGCUUCAGGAUGUGGUUGAAACUCAGGCCGCGGGCUCUGGUUCGGCAGAUGACCCUUUGCCUGAGACGGCUCGCCAGCUCCUGGACCAACGUUGGAAGAAGCGCUACCCUGAUUUCGUUCUUGACCCGGCGCUCAUGGGGGCUUCUGCGAUCAUUCACCGUUUGUAUCGGGAGUGGGUCCAGGGUCAGCCGACUACCGUCAUCGACCUCCAGAAGAUGCGGACAGCUUUGGCCGAGCGCUUCCAGGGCGAUAAGCUUCAGAUUGCGCUGGGCGAUGCGACGCUGACAGUCACGGAUUAUGCAUCCACCGGGUCGCGAGUUCAGUUUCGGAGCGUGUCGCACUUCUACUUGCUGCAUAGAACCUUGACGAAUUGCUGGGCUUAUGUUGGCAGUGGCGAGGUCGAGUCAAAGAAUCGUCCGGGCACGCAGGUUGUCCAGAUGUCCUUUCAGCAGGCGCUUGGGUAUUCGGACACGAUCCUUCGCAAGGCCGUUGAUGUUCCUGAGCCGUCGCAGUUGGUGUGGAUGUCACGCAACGAUUCUCUCACGAGGUCCAGGAUGGCUGCUCACAUGAUGCAAGGGUGGCCGCCUGGAGAAGCUUUGGAGCGAGCCUUGGCCGAGACGGUGGAAUGGGCAAUGCUCCCGGCUCUGGGCGAGUCCGAGCUUCGCGGGCCUUCUCAUUCUCCCCUGGAUGCUUUGGGGCGAGAGCCGAGUACCAAGAGGACUUCCGAUGGUAUGCCGUCGGAGGAGGCGCUUCCUCGGAAGAAGAUCACCGUCGCGGGCUCUCCAUCCAAGCCAGGCAAUGCUAAGGCCAGACAGCAGACGGUCACCACCCUUAAAGGGAACAAGACGUUGUGCAAGGCUUGGAAUGACGAUCGCCACUGCCAACGAGCAAAGGCCGGUGAGCAGUGUCCGGAUGGCUGGCAUCUUUGCGAUGUCAAGCUGCCCUCAGGUCGCGGUUGUGGAGGAAAGCAUCGGCGCGAUCAGUGCCCAAAUGAUCCUCAGAGUUCUCUUCAGCAAGCAGAGCAUUCUGGGGACACUGGUGCCGUUUCCGAUCGUCAGCUACUUAUGGGCCAACUGGCUUCGGGAGUCGUGGGGUUGGCAUCGCGACGAGUCAUCCAGCGUGGGGGCUCUGUUGAAAAAGACGGGCAACUGCAGGCUUUUCGCUAUUGCAAUCCCUCUGAUGUUCAUGCUAGGCUUGAGGCAUCUAAGCCCCUAGCCUGGCGGGGUCGAGGAGAUUUGCCUUCCUUCCCGUGGUCUGCUUUGGGUACAUGGCUAGUGAUUGAUCUGUGGAGUGGUAUGGCUGGCACUUUGUUCGCAUGCAUGUCGCUCGGACUUCGUGUGUAUGCUAUCUCCGUUGAACAGGACCAUUUGGCCGCGGAGAGGACAGCCAGGAGCUUCCCGAACGUGAUUUCGCUGCAGUUCGUCGAGGAUUUUCGUGGUUCGAUGAUUCGAGGGUUCCUCAAGCGUCGGUCUGUGGAGGGAGUUAUUGUUGGAGGUGGAAGCCCGUGUCAGGGCAACUCCAGCUUGAAUCGCCACAGACGGGGUUUGGGGGACUCGCGCUCUUGUCAGCCCGAGGAACUCGCCCGCAUCUACAACGAGAUCAUGUCCCUGGACGAGGUGCAUGGGCUGAAAGUUCGCACGUUUUUGGAGAAUGUGGCUAGCAGUCCUCGAGCCGUCGUUCGGUACUACAACCAACUUAUGGAAACCAAGCCUUUGCUCGUUCGUGCCGCUCAGUUUGGAUGGGUCCAACGUGAUCGCCUCUUCUGGUUGGGAUCGCUGGGAGAUUUAUCGCGUGUUCGGUUGCCUCCAGAGGCCAGGGUCGAGGUUACUGAUUUGGGCUGGUCGCUCACCGUCAAGGCAGUUGCUCGUUUCCAAAAAGAUGCAUGCCGCUUUCCUGUGGAAGCGUACGAGGACAUUUCAUUGGCAUGGCGGCAGGGGGAAUGGCGCACUCUCACGCCAUCCGAGCGCGCUUCCAUACAUUGUAUCCCGCCGGAUGCCGUGGGGACCAGCACUCCCCAUCACUUGCCACAGGAGCAGCGAACUAAAGUUCGCAAUUCUUGGAUUGGGAACGGAUUUCACAUCCCCUGCGCCACCCUCAUCAUCUUCAUGUUGGUCUCGGAGGCUUCAGCGGUUCCUUCGCCCAUGCAGUGUGUCUUUGAACAGCACCUGCGGGGAUCCCUUCCUGGGCAACGCACCGUGGACAAUGUGGUCUCGGAUGUUCAGGCUAUCCUGGCGAGCUUUCCGGGGUGUUCGGAGGCGCCGUGGUCAAGAGUUCGCAAACGUCUUCGGGGUCACUCGAUACACCCGUUGUUCUCCUUCAAGCUCUUCUUGUGGCAUCGGGGUCUAAAUGAAGAGACUGAGGGCCCUUCUUGGGUAGGUCAGCGCAAUCGGGCGCUCCUCCAAGCAGCCGUGGGGAAACAGCGUGCGGCAGGUGACUCCAGGAAAGGGCUCGAUCAUCUUCUUCCCCCGGGACUCAGCAAGCAUGAACACAUCCAUGCGGCGUGUGGUCUUAAGUCUCCCUUCGACGUGGAUGGUGCAGUUGACCCUGACUUGGAGUUUGCGGCCUGGGCCUUGGGGGUUUGGGGUCCUCUUCUACCGGCGUGGCAGGAUUCUGUUCGGAAGUGCCUCCAUCGAUUGGUCAAGGCCUUUCAGCCGGUUGAGGAUUUCCUUAUGAGUGCAUCCCCUGUUGCUGGCUUGUCGACUCGCUCUCCCUUGGCGUUGGCAGUGUUCACGGUUCUGCUUGAUUGGCCUGACACUUCUCAACCUUUGCGUUACCUCACUGGUUUCAAGGCGGUCGGAGCCAUUGAACCGACGGGAGUUUUUCGCGAGAUCCCUCACACAGAACACGUGUCACAAGAUGAGUUUCUUGGCGAGGCCGCCAUGGAGUUCAUACAUGAUCUUGUUCAUCGUGUUCCUUCUCCCGAUGCACAGGCUAUCUGGGAUCUCACCAAGGAGGAGUGUGACAAAGGCUGGUGUUCUGGUCCUUUCUCGGUGGCUCAAUUGGAUCAACAGUUUGGGCAAGGACAGUGGCGACCAGUGCCACGUUUCCUCGUUACCCAGGCUAGUGGGAAGCAGCGUUUGAUUGACGAUGUGGUUCUUCACUUUUGGGGUGAGCUACCUGAUUGGUUCCUGCCCACGGCUUGCAUCAUGGAUUUGCCUGAGGCUUAUCGCGGGUGCCCCGUUGAGCCUCAACAGCGUGCUUUCACGAUUGCCGCCACCUUUGACCCGGAAGGCAGGCGUUGGUGUUUCUGGGUGUACACUGGACUCUUGUAUGGGUUGUCAUCGGCUGUACUCUCCUUCAACAGACUCCCUACGCUGUUGGUGGCGGUGGCGCGUAGGCUGAUUGCCCUCGGAUGUGGCGCAUACUUUGAUGAUCUCUUCGAUAUCGCAGUUCGAUGCAUCGCUCGUUCUAGCCAGGACGCGCUGUUGCACGUACUGGCGCUGGCUGGGGCUCCUCCCGCGCCAGACAAGACUCAACCCCCUAGAGCCAAUUUCGGUUACCUCGGGGCUGCAUUUGACUUCUCUUCCAUCAAAGAAGAUGGCAUCAUCACAUGUGGUCCUACUUCGGCGUCUUUGCAGAAAUUGCAGGACUCAGUAGCCGCAGUUGCAGAAUCGGGGCAGCUCUCACCGGCCGUUGCCUCUAAGUUGCGCGGACAGGCGGGAUGGACAGGGUCUUUACUUCAUGGUAAGUGUGGCCGUCUGGCUUUGAGAUUCCUCAAGCAGCGGCAGUAUGCCACGGAUGGAGACCGCACGGUAACACCCAGUCAACUUCAGGAGUUACGACUACUUGUGGCUAUCUCGCAGGAGGCGCCGGUGAAGUACAUUGACAUUCUUCAGCCUCCUCGGCAACCAGUCGUUGUGUACUCCGAUGCCAGCUACGAAUCGGGGGUAGCGAAGUGUGGUUGGGUUGUUUUCAGUCCGCAUUGUCGUCCCGUGGGCCAGGCCUUGACUGUGCCGCCGGAGUGGAUCGCUAGUUGGGAACCUCGUGAAACUCAGAUUUUCGCGGCGGAGGCUUUUUGUUCUCUGCUCGUUCCUUUCAACCUGCCCCACCUCUUCCGUGGCCAGGACAUUAUUUGGUUCAUUGACAACGAGGCCGCGGCGGCAGCGGUCAUCCGUGGCAGUAGCGGGUCCAUUGACGUUGACAUGAUCGUUCAGUUAUCCGCGCUGUUCCUCCUUCGUCUUAAUGCUCGUCUUUGGGUGGAAUGGAUUAAUUCUGACGCUAACUGCUCCGAUGGUUUGUCUCGCGACGGAGUUCAUGAUGAGUGGACACUUGAUCAAGGUUGGGAUCUCUCCGUGGCUCAGCUCCCCAGUCCAGCCAUUCACGAAACAUUGGGGACAUUGGGACUCGGUUUCGAUUGUCCAUUUCGUGUUACAUAA